AUGCAGAACCAGCAUGCGAUCGGCCGCCCCGAAGCCCAGUGCCACCAGCGCUUAGAGGCAAUCAGAGCCCCCAACACCGAUGAGAACGGCACAUAUGCACCCAUCGAGCGGUAUGACGAGUUUGCCAAUCAUGAGACCGACUGGGACAGCCAAGCUCGCAUCUACGAGUGGGAUGGCGAAGAGGGUGAUUCACCUCUCUUGACCCUCACCAGCACACCAAUCUGGCUGGGUUUCGCUUUCAAUGCGCGCUUCAACGGCACCAGCACCAGCACUCCAUAUAGCACUGGCACUGGCACUCCUAUCCCACAGCACAUUCGUCCAUUGUCCGGACAUUCUGAGGCUGUCGCUCUCUAG